AUGGGGCUGCUUAGCAAGAAGCUUCUGGUGGCUUGCUUGGCCCUGCUGGCCGUGGUUUCCUUGUGCAGCGCGAUCCCGUUCGACGCCAAGGACCUGGAGUCAGAGGAAGCGCUGUGGGAGCUCUACACGCGGUGGCAGAGCGCGCACCGGCUGCCCCCGCAGCACCACGCCGAGAAGCACCGCCGCUUCGGCACCUUCAAGUCCAACGUCCUCUUCAUCCACGCCCACAACACCCGCCUCAACGACACAAGCACCAACAAUAACGGCCCAUCCUACCGCCUCCGCCUCAACCGCUUCGGCGACAUGGACCAGGCCGAGUUCCGCUCCACCUUCGCCGGCCCACUCCACCGCCAUACCAGGCCGGCCCAGUCCAUCCCGGGCUUCAUCUACGACACCGUCAAGGACAUUCCCCAGGCCGUGGACUGGCGCCAGAAGGGCGCCGUGACGGGCGUCAAGGACCAGGGGAAAUGCGGCAGCUGCUGGGCCUUCUCCGCCGUGGCGUCCGUGGAAGGCCUCAACGCGAUCCGGACGGGCAGCCUCGUGUCCCUCUCCGAGCAAGAGCUCAUCGACUGCGACACGGGCGGCGACGACAACGGGUGCCAGGGCGGGCUCAUGGAGAGCGCCUUCGAGUUCAUCGCCCACAGCGCCGGCGGCCUCGCCACGGAAGCCGCCUACCCGUACCACGCAUCCAACGGCACCUGCAACGCCAACCGUGGAUCCUCCGUGUCCGUCCGGAUCGACGGCCACCAGAGCGUGCCGGCCGGGAACGAGGAAGCUCUAGCCAAGGCCGUGGCCCACCAGCCCGUGUCCGUGGCCAUUGAUGCCGGCGGCCAGGCGUUCCAGUUUUACUCCGAGGGGGUUUUCACUGGGGAUUGUGGCAGUGAGUUGGACCAUGGGGUUGCUGUUGUUGGGUACGGGGUUGCGGAGGAGGACGGGAAGGAGUACUGGAUCGUGAAGAACUCUUGGGGCCCUGGGUGGGGCGAGCAUGGGUAUGUGAGGAUGCAGAGGGACUCCGGGGUUGAUGGCGGGCUUUGUGGGAUCGCCAUGGAAGCCUCGUACCCUGUCAAGAACGAGCAGACGAAGAAGAAGCCCCGGCGCGCGCUCGGGGAGAAGAAGGCGUACUACUCCCAGUGA